AUGUCAGAAGGUCUUCAAUUGCCAUCAUACUUCCCAGUGUCAAGAAGUCUUCAGCGUGAGCUCGAAGAUUUGAGAGAUAGUUCCACUUCAUUGGAUGAGUUGAAGAAGACACAGGAAGAAAUAUUGAAAGCUGCAGUUACAUAUUUUCAAUUGUUAUUCCCAGAUGAUGCAAACAGUGAAUGGAAUAUCGAAGGUGCUGUGAAUUUGGAAUUAAUCAAACAACUGCUUGAUUCAUAUGAAAGUUUAGUGGGUGCUCAACAACAAACAACACAUUUCAAUCAAACAUUUAACAAAGCUAAAAAUCAAAUCAGAGCUAGACUAAGAGAGGAACCAGAAUUGAGCGUGGAUAAUAUAGAUGCAUAUAGAUCAGUGGGCACGAACAAGAAGUCAUUUGGUGAAAUUCUUGAUGAGGAAUUGAAGCGAGUUCCACCUAUCAACAAAGAUGAAAGUAAUCCAGAUUAUAUUUUCUUGAAAAAUGCAACAUUUGUGAUAUCACAUCCAUUAGAUCCAUUGCCAGAUGAAGAAGAAGAUGAUGAUAUCCAAGUUGGUGGUGGUAAAAUUGAUUUGAAAUGUCCAAUUUCUAUGAAUUACUUUGACGCUCCAAUGAUCAGUACAAAAUGUAAACAUACAUUCGAUCAAGCAAGUAUACUGGGGACUUGGAAAUCUGCUGGUGUGAUGGAGGAUUGUCCAACACCAGGUUGUAGAGCGCGUUUGAGAAGAGCUGACUUUAUUCCAGAUAGAUUGAUGACACUAAGAGUGAAAAGUUUCAAAGCUCAAGAAAAGAAAUUGGAAAAUGCUGAAGAGUAUGAGAAAUUGGAUUGA